UGGAGCCGAUUGUUUUCUUUAGUCUGUGCCCUGUGGCUUUGGUUCGACAAUCGACACUCGAUACUCGAUAGUAUUGCGCUGUUGUUUGUUUAGUUUUUGACCAUGCCUCACGCGAAAACUGGUAUUAAAACGUUAUUAGAAACGUGCUUGGAAAAUGUCACACGAAAUAUGGAUGAAUGGUGUUCACAUUAUGUUGAAACGUUCGGCAAAGAAAAGAAAUUUUAUCUCUAUGUCAUUGGACCUUUUGAUCCUUUGCCUUCCAAACUUUUGGCACAGAUAAUAAGCAUACUGAGAGAAGAGAAACGAUUAAAGAAACAUUAUCUGGAACUUCUAAUAACCCAGCAACUGAGUGUUUUGGAUCUGUCCAGAGAAGGGGAUGAAGUUGCUUGUCAUCUGCGCCUUGCAUCAAUAAGAUGCUCACACCUCAAAACUUUGAAUUUGUCUGGUUGCCAGAAAAUUUCCAAGCAAGUCUACCAGGAAUUUCUUCCCACUUUUGAAAAGUUGCAGGUAGUGAACAUUUCAAAUACUAACUCUGGUGACAGUUGCUUGUACAUCUUUGGAGCAUACUGUAAAGAUUUACGAGAACUAAAUGUAACAAGUUGCCCUGUGACAGAUUCUGGUAUCCAGGGAUUGUGUCUCAGUAUUGAUGAUCUUGGAAAGCAGUGUGAUAGAUUAGGACAAUGUAAAUUGCUUCAAAAGCUGUUGAUCAGUUACACUAAAGUCACCAAAAAGGGCAUUCAAAUGGCUCUGGAAAACUUGCAUACCUUGAAAGUCUUUGAAUGCUGUUCCUCUGUUCAGUCUUUGGCAGAAAUGCAUUUGUCGGCAUUCGAACACCACCUUCCAGACAUCCCAAAGUACUCUUUAAUUGAUUUGCAUUGCACCAACGAGUCGUUUAAUACGCCCUAUAGAAGUGGAAGUUUAGGCCUCGCAGCGUCCCUGUGCUCAUCUGUCAUUAAAGUCCGGAUUGUAACGCAAGAAGGAUUGAGUGACAUUGAUCUUCUGGGUUUACUGUCGCUCGAAAAUUUACGCGAACUAAGCAUAGGAGGGGGCGAAGAAUGUCAGAUUACGUUUGAUGGUGGUGUAGCUCCUAUUCUGGAAGGGUUGGGGAAUUCAUUAACUUCUCUGACACUAGCUGAACUCCCUUGCGUCAACAUUCGAGCUAUCACCGAGUAUUGUCCUAAUUUGCGCUUUCUCUUCCUUGUAAUGAAUCAUUCCUAUUCUUUGGUUUGGCCAGAAGAAGAGAGGAAGCCGUUCACUUCCAAACCGAUUAAAGUCGAUCCUGUCUUGAAGAAACUCGAAUCAUUGCAUCUAGUCUGUGUUUCUCAUCUUUGGUCAACUUCUGUUAUUCCGUCCGAAAGUUUUCCUUCCCUCAUGUCGUCGCCGGAACUCGUGCACCUCUAUGUUAAAGAUUGCGUUACGCUCACCGACAAAAUUCUCCAGAAAGCAGCUCUUCUACAUCAGUUUAGAAAUCUGGAGCAUUUGGAGCUAGAGCAAUGCAACUCUGUUACUAAACAAGGGAUUGAUUCGUUGAUGAACGAAAAUAAUCCUCUGAAAGUGAUUAAAUUGUGGGAGUGUCGAUCAAUAACGCGCCAAAAUGUUUCCGAUUGGAAUAAAUUAGCAAGUAAAAAGAAAUGGAAAGUUUUGGUAGAAUGGAGCUGAACUGUUUUCUCAAGUAUUGCAAGUAUUGCACCGUCAUAUUUCUCAAAUCUUAUCGUUUUAUUGGAUUUUGAAAUGAUUUUUAUGACUGUAUAUGAAAUUGAAAGCCUCACACGCCAUUACUCUCAUCACAGAAUUUAACUAUUGAAAAUAAAUUGCUAUUACUUAUUCCCUAA